AUGGCCGCCUGUCCCCUUGCCGAGUGCGAGCAGAGGAUGAGGAGUCUUUGGGACUUGGGGAUUCGGGACUGUAUUGAUCUCGACCGCCACCACGUGCGCAGCACGCACCGCAAGGCUCCCAAGAGCGACAAUGUCUACCUCAAGCUCUUGGUGAAGCUCUACCGCUUCCUGACCCGCCGCACGGAGUCCAACUUCAACAAGGUUAUCCUGCGCCGCCUCUUCAUGUCGCGCAUCAACCGCCCUCCCGUCUCCCUCUCCCGCGUUGCCGCCAACAUCAAGAACGGCAACGAGAAGAAGACCGUCGUCAUCGUUGGCACCGUCACCGACGACAACCGUCUCCUGACCGUCCCCAAGGUCACCAUUGCGGCCCUCCGCUUCACCUCCACCGCCCGUGCCCGCAUUGCUGCCGCCGGCGGUGAGGCCAUCACCCUCGACCAGCUUGCCCUCCGCGCCCCCACCGGAAGCAACACCCUGCUCCUCCGCGGCCCCAAGAACUCCCGCGAGGCCGUCAAGCACUUCGGCUUCGGUCCCCACAAGCACAAGAAGCCCUACGUCGAGUCCAAGGGUCGCAAGUUCGAGCGUGCCCGUGGUCGCAGACGCUCUCGCGGCUUCAAGGUCUAA